AUGGCAGCUCCAAUUCUCAACCCAGCCUGUCCAGGAUCAUUCGCUCUCCCAUAUGGAGUCCGUUCUGGACUUCAAAUUGCUUUCAACGGACUCGUUAAGCAUAAGAACAAGGACUUCAACAUCAACUUGAUCUCUGGAGGAAACAUUGCUCUUCACAUGAGCUUCAGAUGGGAAAAGGACAAGAUUGUCGCUAUAAAUGCCAAGAUUGACAAUGCUUGGGGAAACGAGAUUCGUCACUCCAACCCACUUCACCACGACCAAGCCUUUGACCUCCAAGUCCGUGUCUACCCAGGACACUUCCACGUCACCACCAACGGAGUUCUUCUCGGAGAUUUCCCACAUCGUCUUCCAUUCGAGAGCAUCGGAGCCAUCUCUUUGGAGGGAAAUGUUCAUAUCAACAAUAUUCAAUUCUCUCAAUUCCAUUAA